CGGCGAUACAAAUCGGCGGCCAUUUUGUCUGCGAGUACCGCAAUUUUCUGAAUUUUUCACCACCUUUGAACGACUGGAUGAAAACAAGGCCGCGUUGAAACGUCGAAAGUACACACACAUUAAUUUUACUAUUAUAUAAUUGCUCAACAACGAUACAAUUUGAAUAUAGUUGGGCAUAAAAUGGAAGACAAGGCCCAAUUGAAAGAACUUGACGCUUGGAUCGAGCAGUUGAAUGAAUGCAAACAACUUCAAGAAAAUCAGGUCAAACAACUUUGCGAAAAGGCUAAAGAAAUUCUUAGCAAGGAAUCCAAUGUACAAGAUGUGAGAUGCCCUGUUACUGUUUGCGGUGAUGUACACGGACAGUUUCAUGAUCUCAUGGAACUCUUCAGAAUAGGUGGUAAAUCUCCAGACACAAACUACUUGUUCAUGGGAGACUAUGUGGAUCGUGGUUAUUACUCUGUAGAAACUGUUUCUUUGUUAGUAGCUCUUAAGGUCCGUUUUAGGGAACGUAUUACAAUAUUGCGAGGCAAUCAUGAAAGUCGACAAAUCACACAAGUAUAUGGUUUUUAUGAUGAAUGUCUACGAAAGUAUGGUAAUGCUAAUGUAUGGAAAUAUUUUACAGAUUUGUUUGAUUACCUUCCAUUAACAGCUAUAGUAGAUGGACAGGGGCCAAUGUGUGACUUGUUGUGGUCUGAUCCUGAUGAUAGAGGUGGUUGGGGUAUAUCACCUCGAGGUGCUGGCUAUACCUUUGGACAAGAUAUAUCCGAAACAUUCAAUCAUAGUAACGGGCUUACACUUGUAUCUAGAGCGCAUCAAUUAGUCAUGGAGGGUUAUAACUGGUGUCAUGAUCGUAAUGUAGUGACAAUCUUUAGUGCACCUAACUAUUGCUACAGAUGUGGUAAUCAGGCAGCUAUUAUGGAACUAGACGAUGCUCUCAAAUACUCAUUCUUACAGUUUGAUCCAGCUCCCAGACGAGGCGAACCACAUGUCACUCGCAGAACGCCUGACUACUUCUUGUAAGAGAUUCACUGUAAAGGAAAACAGAAAACAAAUCAUUAGCAUUCACCACUGUCCGCUGUGUACAUUAAAAGUUGGACUGGAAAAUUAUGGUGAAUGAAUUGAAAUGGUCAAAAUAAUACAUUUCUCUUUUAUAGUUGUUUGAUUUUUAGACAGGAACACAGACUUAGUAAACAUAAUGCAUAGGGUUUUGUACAUUAUAGCAAAAGAGACUAUACUAUGAUGAGGUUUGUUUCUAUUCGAAUGUUACAGAGCUUUGUAUCUUGUUUACUUGGUUAUGUUCUUUGUGACAUUGUAUAAAUGUGUAAAACCCAUGUGAAUCCCCAAACUUAGUUUGUUUUGAAAAAAAUGUAAAGAAAAUGAAACUGAAUAUUAUGUGGGAUUUAACUGUAUACUGAUUUUCAGUGAAUAGAAUGGGUAAUGAUUGGCUUGUGUGGCCAAGAAUACUUAAUAUUAAUAAAUAGAUUCUCCUGAAAUGAAGGGCUUUUUGCAGCUUCUCAAAAUGAUUGAUAAUAUAAAAGCAACUUUUUAUUUUCCAGUUUGAUUUUGUUUUGAAUUGAUGUCUGGGAUUGUGAUAAAAACUAGUACUUUAUGACAAGGGGUGGGACUUGCUUUCCUUUGUCCUUAGCUUUGUUCAUCAUUUGCUUCAAGCUUUUGAUUAUUUCCUUUAGAGAAUAUAACUGCAAGUAUGGAUUCUGAGCUUCAAUUAGUUUAUUUAAAGUGUUUUCUUAACGUUAACAAUUGUGAAUGACUUGUGUGUUUCUAUCCUAUCAUGCCUAUUGCAAUAUAAUGUUUGGAUACACUUUAGCAUUUUACCAAUUGUACGUUAGCAUUGUCAACAGCACCAUUUUACAUUUAUGUGGUCAGUUUUUGGUGCGUUGCAGUUAUUCAUUACCAUCGAAUUAUUUUAAAAAUUUGUUGUUGCAUUUUUGUCUCACUUGUGGUCUCUUGGUAUCUACAUCAAACAAUGUUUGUGGAAACUCUAUUGUUACUGGGAAUGGAUUUUUAAUAAAACCAAUUCUUCCUUCAUUGUUACCGUGCUUGGAUUUAAACUUGCUGUGAAUCGUUGUAAAUGUAUUUCAAACAAACCUAAAAUGUGAAUUUUCUGCUAUGGCUUCUAUUUACAGGUUUGAAAUGCUACCUGCCAGUGAAUUUAUACUGUGUUUAGGUGACUGUGUGCUCUUUAAAAAAUGAAUGUCAUCUUCACAUUUAAGUGUGUAUGCAAUCCUUAUUUUGUGUAAUAUUCACUGUCCAUUACUAAUUUGAAUUAUGAAUUUUUAACAAAUUUCAACUGCACAUAUAUUCUCCCAUUAAUGUGAUUGCAGCGUUUGUGUUCACAAAAACAAUCAAGUUUGUAAGAAGAAAUAACACAAUGAGAAUUGGAUUGCUUGGCUCAUUCUUUUCGUAUAAUAUCAGCAAUAUUAAUUAAUUUGCUAUUUGCAUAUCUGAAGUUUCAUUGUUGUGCUUCAAUAUUGUACCAAGACACUGACCUGACCAAACCUAUAUAGGUCUGUCCUGUAACGCUGAUUAUCAAAAAUUUGAUUCAACCAAUUACAAUUUGAGAAAACAUGGUUAUAUUCUGCUAAUUUUGGAUUAACACUAAUUUUACUUUUGUGUGCUUCAUAGUUACUAUUUUGCACUGGUUGAAAAGUGUGUACCAUUCUUUGUUUAUAUUGCUCAUGGCUACCCUGUAUUGUUUUAAAUUCAGGAUGCAGCUAAUUGUAGCUGUUGGUAUAUUAUCAAAAUAAUGCUCCAUUAUUAAUCCAAAUUGGCUUGUUUUCCAGGGUGGUGUUUUUUGUAAUUUAUACCUCAAUUUCACUAUUGACCUCUCUCAUUGAAACUACGGUAUAUAUAAAUAGAAAUUGGGCUUCCAAGAUUGAAGACUUGCAAAUUUCCAUGAUUGUAUGCCGAAUUGACUGUUAUAUUUAUUUUAUUAAAUUGUUCAAAUAAACAGUUAUUGCAGAUCAAGUUUGAUGGAAUAUUUGCAAGUUUAGAUGUUGAUGUUGAGCCAUGUUACAAUUCUUGGCAAGUUGCACUAUUUAUAGCAUCAAUGAGUAGAAGUAUAAUUAAAUAGCCACCCUGGGACACAAGUAUCUCUGAAUUUAUGUUAUGAAAGAGCAGGGGAGCAAGCUGGUAUCGCUGAUAUAUAACCUAGGUAAUGUUUGUUUGGUAUUGUAAGCUUUAGCUGUCAUUUGUGAUAGUCAAACAUUCUAGGUAGUCUAACAAAAGGAACCUUGUUUUGGUAGAACUUCCAGGAUGCAUCUACAACUGACAUGAGAAUUGUGCAAAACUUGUUUGGUGGUGCAUGUUAUUCCGAGACUGGUGGACAUGAUCACCGACUGGAUUCAAAGCGACUUCCUAAAGUGGUUGAAAUGAAUAUCCAACUCAUUUUAAUUUAAAAUAAGUCUCAUUUCGGUUUUCAAGCCAAAUCAGAUUUUAUGUAAUCACAAGUCUGCUACAUUUUCCUCUGAAUGUGUUCCACCAAAAAGGUCCCUCUCAAUGUGUAAUUAGAAAGGUUUGGUUAACUUCACAUUUGCUAAUCCAUUGUGAUGAAUAUUUGUGUUCACUCGCCUACCUAAAAUGACUUCUCUUGUGCGUAGAACUGCUGUGCUUAGUUUAAAGUUUAUUUACAUGAAAAAUUUCACUAUCUGUAUUUCAUAUUUUUUUUUGGAUCCCCUUUUGAUGAUGUGACCCUUUGUAAUGCCACACU